UAAAAUUCCCUUCUUGUGCUAUAUCUCCCCAGCACUAUAGCUUUCUGCAGAACAAGUGCCAGUAGUUAACAUGUCCGCCGCUGACGUCUUCCGGCGAGGCACGUGCACCUUGCCGUCACUUCCGGCGUCUCUCUGCAUUCUGCGGUGUUGCCUGGCAACCGCUGACAGUGGCGGGCGUUUAAGAUGAAGCGGGCGAACGUUCUGAAGGAGGCUCUGUGCGCACUGUGCCGGCUCUUAUCCGCCUCCGGGUCACACUGGGAUCCCGAGACGUUCCGGAAAUCUAAGUUUAACCGGCCGGAGGCGGCAUCAGAGUUCUGGAAUCUGCUGUACUCCCUGCUAAGGCAAAUCUUUCCAGGCGAACAAGAUUCAUCACCUUCAGCACACGAGAAGAUAAACUUGGCUGAUCGGGUAACAUAUGUAAAAAGUGUUCUUCUGAUCCAAGGAUAUGGCAGGCUGAAAUUUUACCUUCUCCCGGGUGAUGGUGAAGAAGGCAGCAGGGAAAUACUUCUGGCCUUUUCUUGGCUCCUGCACAGAGUGAAGAUACUUGAAAUUCUUUUGCAAAAGAAAAGAGUCCAAGUGGGAGACCACAUUACCAUUUGCUUGUGUCCUCCUGAUGUAUCGGCCCAAAAAAGUGAACAUAUUUCUUCAUCCACUAAAAAAGAGGUAGAUGUCCGAUUCCUUCAGUGCAGGAAUGGCAAGCUCCGGUUCUGCUGGAGGGCUUUACACGCUGCUCGUCUGGAGGAGUGCGCCGUUUUAUAUAAGAUCCAUUCAUACACCCAGGGUUGCCACAUUGACAAAAACACCGGCCAUUUGUCUGUCAUGGAAACGGAGCUUGUUCGACAACCUAAAAGCUGUGCAAAGUUACUACAAGUUAUGGAAUCUGAAAUAUCCUACCUAGAAGCCUACCUGGAAUGGAAACAUGUAGAAUCUGUAUACUGGCAAUGGAUGGACACUGUCUUGGAGUCUGCAUGUGAAGAUGAACAUGGCUUCUCUAGUCAGAAUAUGAGCAAAGUAGUUUUCACAAGUACUUCCCAACCACAGUAUAAGCCUACUGACAUGAAAGUGUUAAGUAAAUGCUUACGGGAUACACAAGAUCGGCUGCACAAGCUGGCGGCACUCGGGACUUCAUUGUCACAAGAACAGAUAAAAGAAAUAGAAAUAGAAUUGGGUAAAAAGGAGCUGAAGAAAAUAAAGCAAGAGGUAAGAAAGCUAAUGGGACAUUGUAAAGUUCAGGUUGUCGAAGCCAAGGAUAUCCACGGCUCCUAUCGCCUCCUCCUCAAGGAACCCAAGCUUCACAAGUCUGUGAAUAAGGAUUGUUCUACGAAUGAGGUUCACGUCACCCAGGUGACUAAGCAUUUACAGACUGUCAUAUGUACAAUGGAAGCGGAGUCUUACCAACUACAAGAACAGUGCCGCAAAAGGCUGGAUGACAUCACUCAAGAGCUGGAAGGGAUUCUUUGUAUUCCACCAGCGAAGGGUUAAUUUUAUGAUGUUAGAAUAAAAUGUUGUCAUACGUGGACUGUUGUGUAAAUUUGCGGUGUUUUUAAAUGUUUCCAUGUUUCU